AGCUUCGGCACUGUCCAUCCUCGAGGAGCUGAUCCCGAGUAUUGGAUGAGACAAGAUGGCUCGAAUUACAAUCGUGGGCUCCGGAAUCACCGGAAUGGCGAUAGCUAGCCUGCUGUCGCGGAAUCACGAAGUUACGAUCGUUGCGAAGAAUCUGCCGGGAGACGAAUUGAGCAAAGAAUGGGCGAGUCCAUGGGCCGGCGCAGUGUUUCUCGGUCUUGACGGCUCCAAUCCUUGGGAACAGAAGAUGCAGCUCGACUCCUUCGCAGUUCUUUGGUCGCUUGCUGUCUCCAAUCCGGCAUCGAGCAUUAGACGUAUCGAGAUGAACGAUUUCCACGAUGAUAAGACGAUCGAUCAGAUAUGGUACAAUGGUAAGAUGCCUCAAUUUCGGGUCAUGCGACAGGAUGAGCUCCCCAAGGGCGUCAGACUCGGCAUGAGCUACAAGACUGUCGUCUUGACCCCGAAGGUCUUUCUUCCUUGGCUAAGAAAGAGGUUGGAAGACACCGGCGUCGUAUUCAAACGUGUGCACCUUGACUCGCUUGCUGAGGUCAAGACGCAAGGCCAUGACAUCGUCGUCAACGCCACCGGUUUUGGACCGAAGUUCCUGGAAGAUAUCAGAGAUCAGGAGGUACAACUGGUUCGCGGCCAGACUGUACAUGUGAAGAGUAACUACAACAAGAUCUACAUGCGCCAUGGGAAGGACUAUACCUAUGCAAUCUCCAGGCUGGAUGGAACUUGCGUCCUGGGUGGUAUAAAACAGUACGGGCAAACGUGUCCCGAAGUAGAUAUGGACCUGCAACAAGACAUUGUACGGCGCGUCCACGAGGACCUGCCUGAGGUCUUUCCGGCGAAGCUCUCCGAUUACGAGAUUGUCGGACAUAACGCAGGCAUCAGGCCAGCGCGAGCAACAGGACUGAGACUAGAGAAGGAGGUGAUGAAUGACGAGAAGGUCGUCCAUGCGUACGGUGUUGCUGGCGGGGGUUAUGUGUUUUCAUUUGGCUUAGCUAGGGCGGCCCGCGACCUUGUCGAUGAAUUGUGUAACCCCUGA